CCCCGCCCAGCUUGCCCGGCAUCGCUGGCGGCGCCGGAGUCAAGAUGGAGGAAUACGCGCGAGAGCCUUGCCCCUGGCGAAUUGUGGAUGACUGUGGUGGGGCCUUUACCAUGGGCACCAUAGGUGGUGGUAUCUUUCAAGCAAUCAAGGGCUUUCGCAAUUCUCCAGUGGUAAAUGGACCAGUGGCCAUGGUUGGGUCAGCUGCAAUGGGUGGCAUUCUCCUAGCUUUAAUUGAAGGAGCUGGCAUAUUACUGACAAGAUUUGCCUCUUCACAAUUUCCCAAUGGCCCUCAGUUUCCUGAAGACCCCUCUCAGUUGCCUUCCACCCAGUUACCAUCUUCACCUUUUGGAGACUAUCGACAAUAUCAGUAGACUGCUUUCCAAGGACUUUAACAGAACAAGCUGUAGUUCAAGAAAGGAUUUCAGAAGAGCAAUUUAGUCUGUUUUUAAAAGCGUCUGUGGGACAUCUGUGGCCAAAUAGGCUGUGAAGAGACACAUAGCACUUUUUUCUAUUUAAAGAAACAUGGAUAGGAAGGGGAAAUGUUAAAAAAUAAUGCAUUUAUUUAUUCACACUUGGAUUGCAUUUGUGAUCAAAAUAAAUGUUUAAUAUCUUUAAAAGAAAAUAUAAGUGCUUAGAAGAUGAAGGACCAAAGGGCAAAGAGCAAUGAAAAAUCAUUUCAUCAUUUCCCUGGGGACUUCUCUGCCUGGUUUUGUGUGUUCUGUUAGUCAAACAAUAAAAAAAAAAAAAAAAAAAAACACUCCUGGAACUUGCUUUAAGAUAAGUUGUAGAGUUCUGCUUUUCAUCCUCAAAUACUUCAAUAAUGCAAAUGACAUUGACAAUUGCAUGCUUUCUUGUUAGGUCCUCAUCUCACUGGAGGUAAAUUAUGUAUGAGAAGGAUUUGUGCCAAGUCCGCAUGGAUAUGGAUGACGGCUAUGAUAAGAUACUUACCUUUACUUUCAAAGUAAAAUAUGCUCUGCCUUGGCUCUGAGAGGACAGAUACAAAACUCUUUGAGGCACUGUGUCUUGAUCUUUGAUUCCUGAUCAUCAGAAGCAACUUGGUUCCAGAACACCAGUUCCGUGUGAGAAGAAUUCACGGAGGGUAGCACGGAAAAGUUGGUUGCUUGUAUAGUUGGAAAUAAAGUAUGUGCUGUUUUU